AUGAGCGACGUGCUGUGGCCCACGCUUCCGACGGAGGUGGUGUUGCCAACGUACUGGGUGCAGGAAGCCGGCGAAGCUAAAGACAGUGUGCUGGAUACGUUCAAGAGCACGCUAACACUUGUGAAGACGUUCCUGCCGGGUCUCAUCGUUCUCAUCAUUGUUGGUGUCAUUGAGGUGGGUGGAGGUGUCUUCCUCUGGCGCCGCCACAAACAGAGGCUUGAGAUGGUGCGCUACGGCAGCGUCAUCUAG